UAACAAUCUCCACGUAACGUAAGUAAAAUCAUAGGAGUAAUUUAGUUGUGUGGGAAGCAUGAAGAUGAGAGUGAAGGAAUCAAUAAUGGUAAAACCAAUGGAAGAAACUCCGAGGGAGAGUGUGUGGCUCUCUAAUUUAGACUUGGUUUUCCCUGAGACCUACCAUACGCGGGUGAUGUACUUGUACCCCUGCGAUGGCCGCGCCGGCUUCUUCGACACAGCCACGCUCAAGGCAGCUCUGAGCCGUGCCCUUGUUGCGUUCUACCCGUAUGCGGGGAGGCUGAGAAAGGACGACAGCGGCCGCAUUGAGAUCAACUGCAACGGGGAAGGGGUGUCGUUCGUGGAGGCGGAGUGCGACGCCACCCUCGAUGACUUGGGUGAUUUCUACACCCUUAGCCCUGACCUCAACCUCAACCUCAUCCCCACUGUCGAUUACUCUCAAGGAAUUUCCACCUUUCCUCUUUUUCUGGUGCAGUUAAGUCGUUUCAAAUGCGGCGGAGUGAGCUUAGGUUUUGCCAACGAGCAUCACACAUCAGACGGGAUUUCCGCACUCCAUUUCAUCAACACGUGGUCGGAAAUCGCUCGCGGCCUAACCACCAUCCCACCUGUUUCCCUAGACCGCCGCGUCCUCUCGGCGCGCAACCCCCCGCAGCCCCGGUUCCGCCACAUCGAGCACCAGCCCCCUCCACCGCUCAAAGCCCCUCUCAAUGGUGACACAACAUUCUCCACGUUCAGACUAAGCCGCGAUCACAUCAACGCCCUCAAGCAAAAAUGCAAUGAUGGUUCGAAUUAUACGACGUAUGAGGUGGUGGCGGGCCACGUGUGGCGCUGCGUGAGCAUUGCCCGUGGGCUGCCGAGGGAUCAGGAGACGAAGCUGCAGUUACCGGUGGACGCGCGGCAGAGGCUACAGCCCCCUCUCCCGCUUGGAUACUUCGGCAACGGGAUCUUCUACACGGGCGCAUUUGCUCUGAUUGGGGAGCUCAUAUCGAGGCCGCUAAAGUUCGCGGUGGAGAAAGUGCACGAGGCAAUCGCUAGAAUGGACGACGAAUACAUGAGGUCUGCUCUGGAUUACUUGGAGUUGCAUAUGCGGAAUGUGGAUGGUAUUGUUCGUAGCCAAAACAAUGUCAAAUGCCCCAAUUUCGGGAUAACGAGCUGGAUUAGGCUGCCCUUCUAUGAAGCGGAUUUCGGAUGGGGAAAGCCUGUUUUUGUCGGACCCGGCGGAGCCAUCUUCGAAGGGAAGAGUUUUCUGUUUGCUGAUCCUCAAAAUCAAGGGGGCGCGUUGCUUGCGAUCACGUUGCACCGAUACCACAUGAAACGAUUCCAAAACUUGCUAUAUAGCGACGAUUCAUGCCUCAUCUCUAAAAUUUGAGCUUUUUUAAGUUUUUGUUUCCAGUCAAUCAAGACAAUAAUUGGUUAUUGUGUUGUGUGUUUUUACUUCUCAAAGUUAGAAUUCGAUUUGCGAAUCCUUUUAAUUUUAA